CAUUCCCAAAUCGGACACACCGGCGAAUCGUCGACAAUACUCAUCAUCUCUUCACGCAGCUAUCGUGAUUCCACAAAACCACCCGCCGAUUGCGAAAUCUUCCUCUGCUUUAACCCAACCAGAUUCUUGGUUGUUCUUCACUUCAAACUGUUACUUAGACAUGGAAGUUGGAUACAGAGCUCAGAUAUAUCACGAGAGACAGAGAUUACAGUUCUGCCUCUUACACUCCCUCAACAAUCUCUUUCAGGAGAAAGAUGCAUUUACGAGAGCUUAUUUGAAUGCCAUUUCUGAAAGACUUGAUCUUGAUGAUCCAAACAAGGGAAGAUGGUCUCCGGUUAUUUUUAAGUCUCAUCACAACGUUUUCACUGGGAAUUAUGACAUAAAUGUUUUACUUGCUGCUCUUGAAGGAAAAGGGAAAGCUGUAGUUUGGCAUGAUCGGCGAAAUGGGGCUUCUGCUAUUGACCUUAAUGGGGAUAGUGAUAAGUUGAUGGGUAUCAUACUUAAUAUACCUGUCAGAAGGUGUGCUGGCCUAUUUAAAAGUAGGCAUUGGGUUGCAUUAAGAAGCAUUGAGGGCGUUUGGUAUAAUUUGGACAGUGAAUUUGCUACUCCUUAUGCUUUUAAAGAUAUAGAUGAAGUUAGGGACUUUUUGGAUGGUAUAAUUGCUGCUGGUGCUGAAAUUUUUCUGGUUAAUAAUGAAGCACAGUGAAUCUAUACUUACCUUUUUCAAAUUGUGGGUGCAAGUCCAUGGACAUUUUGAAGAUUUGGAUUGGGAAAGGUGCCAUUACGAUGACUUUAGUUUCUAAAACUUGUCCCCUUUUUCAUGGCUCAAGUUAAAUGUUAGCGUUUGUAACAUGUGCUCAAAAUGUUACUGAGGUCGUGAUAUGUGAAAUUUCCAGUCUCGUUUCAAAGAUCAACUCGUCAGUGCAGUGGUUUAGAGAUGUAUAUGUAGCGGUCCGGAAAGUUAGGCCUUCUGCCUCUGCAUGUUCUAUCUCAAUGUUGAUCGUUCAUUCUUGAAUGAUUGUUGUUGUCGCUAAAUCACACUUGUACAGUUGUACAUUUCCAAAUUUUGCUUACUCUUGUUGUACAUUUGUCAAACUCAAUCGUUACUUACAGCAUGUUGGCAAUUGAAGCUUGUUCUUCCUGUUGAUAUC